AUGAAAUUCCAUCAAGUAGACUGUUUUAACAUAAACAUGAAGUUUUUCAAAUUCCUUGCCAUUUGGCCGGGUAACAAUCCAUGCCGUUAUUACAACUACUACAGUAAAGCAUUCAUUAUGGUCUUUGUUAUUAUCUUCUAUUUACUGUUUUCCAUUAACUUUUAUUUUCUACCUAGACAAUUGGAUAUCUUCAUAGAAGAAAUGAUAUUCUAUUUCACUGACCUCGCUGUAACAUCUAAAGUUUUGACCUUCGUUUUUAUGCACGAUCAAAUAAUUGAGAUUUUAGAUAUACUUGAAAGUGAUCUUUUUCAACCAGACGAAGUUGAAGGAUUAACUAUUUUGGACAAAGCUAAGAAGUUUAAUAAGUCUUAUUGGAAGAUUAUUAUGAGUGUUUCGUACCUAUCUAGUUUGGUACACAUUAUGUCUCCGUUGAUCAGUCACCUAAUUUUGGGUGUAGAAUUAUUGUUACCUGUCUGCCGCUAUGCUUUUAUAUCUGAAGAGUAUAGAUUGAUGUUCAUUUAUCCUAUUUAUCUGUAUCAAAGUGCAUCCAUACAUUUUCAUAUGUUGUACAAUGUGAACGUAGACUCAUUUUUUCUUGGCUUGAUGGUGCUGGCUAUAGCUCAGUUAGAUAUCCUUGAUACGAAAUUAAGGAAAGUCACAGAUGAAAAUAAAAUUGAAGAUAUCGAUGGAGAGAUUUCAAGGUCACCGGCUGAUAGAAACAAGGAAGACGUAAUGAAAAUGAAUCAAUGUAUCAUACAUUUUAUCAAAGUCUGCAGAUUCUGUGAGAUCGUUAAAGAUGUAUUCAGUGCGACAUUAUUUGUACAAUUUGGCGCAGCAUCAUGCAUUAUAUGCGUUUGCUUAUUGAGAUUUACCAUGCCUGCACCAAUGGGCUAUUACAUAUUUUUGGGUACCUAUAUGUCCGUAAUGAUUUUACAAAUAAUGGCUCCUUGUUGGCUCGGUACUCGUAUUAUGGUGAAGAGUCAGCUUCUUGCAUUCUCCGUUUAUAAUUGUGACUGGACAUCUCGCUCGCGUGAGUUCAAGAGCAACAUGCGUUUCUUCGUGGACAGGGUCAACAAACCUCUCUCUAUUACUGGCGGCAAAAUGUUUAAAUUAUCACUGGACACGUUUACUUCUAUCAUAAAUUCAGCUUACUCGUUCUUCACUCUUCUCCAGCACUUUCAGAAAGAAAAGGAAAACGCGUGGCUGUCAGUCCUGCACAUUCUCAAAAUGGGGUACAAUCAAAUAGAUUGCUUUGAAAUACAUUUGACAAUUCUCAGAGUUCUUGGCGUUUGGCCUGAGGAAAAUCCAAGUGUUUAUUACGUAUAUUUCUCCAGAAUAUUUGUGUUCAUAUUCACCGUUUUAUACGUUAUUAUAUACACAAUGAACUUCUAUUUCUUGCCUCAACAAUUGGAAAUUUUCGCUGAAGAACUAAUAUUCUAUUUCACUAACGUCGGCGCUCUGUCUAAAGCAUUAGCGUUUAUUUUUUUGCGUGAUAAAGUGAAAAAAAUGUUAUAUAUGUUAGAAAGCGAAAUGUUUCAAACUGAUAAUCCUGAAGAAGUGAAAUUAAUAGAAAAAGCCAAAGAGAAAUCUUUAUUUUAUUGGAAGAUUACGUUCGGGUUGUCUGUGUCGGCGAACACGGUGAAUGUGUUCCUACCAUUUGUUCUGCACUUAAUUUUCUCAAUUAAGUUGGAGUAUCCUGUGUGUAGAUACUCCUUUAUACCGGAGCAGUACGAAGCGAUAUUUUUGUACCCAGCGUACUUGUAUCAAAGUAUAGGGAUCACUUCUCAUAUGUUGUACAACGUAAAUAUCGAUACAUUUCUUUUGGGGGUGAUGUUUCUUGCAAUGGCGCAGUUGGAUAUUCUCGAUAGGAAAUUGAGGAAAGUGACGAAUGUUUGUGUGAAUGUCGAUGCGCCUCGGGGAUCCAUUGAUAAGAUGAUAGAUGAUCAGAAUGCCGUUUUGGAGAUCAAUAAAUGUAUCAAACAUUAUGACGCGGUUUGCGAAUAUUGCAAGCUAAUACAAGAAGCAUUUAGUGAGAUAUUGUUCGUACUAUUCAGCUCUGGUUCUUGCAAAAUAUGCAUGUGUUUAUUUCGAUUUACAAUGCCCGCAGAAACCCAGUAUUUCGUAUUCCUAACACUGUACAUAGUAGUCAUGACUCUCCAAGUGAUGGUUCCUUGCUGGUUUGGUUCUCGUCUCAUCGAAAAGAGUAGUCAAAUAACAUUUGCGGUGUACGACUGUGACUGGACGCCAAGAUGUCGUAGAUUUAAAAGCAAUUUGCGACUGUUGGUCGAGAGAGCAAACAGACCCAUUAUCAUAAAAGGAGGCAAAAUGUUUCUACUAUCACUUGGUACUUUUACGGCGAUAAUGAAUUCUUCGUAUUCGUUCUUCGCUUUACUACGUAACGUGCAGACUCGUUGAAGAGAUGCCAAGUGCCUGAAUACAGUAGAAAAAUAUCUAUUCAUUAUGACUGUAUUUGUUUGUUAAGUAUUUGACCAAAGAUAAAUGAGAAAACAUGACAUUGUUAUUAACAUGAAUAUAAAAUUAUUUGCAAUGAAUAAGGCACUACAGUUUAGAUUGAAUUUAAACCUUAUAAAUCAUGUAUUAAUAACAAUUAUAUGGUGGCAAUUAGACUUGUUAGCCCCUUGGGAAGGGCAGUUGAAAAUGUAGGGGAAAUCUAUGUAUCAAAUUUAAUUUCACAUUAAUCAAGCUUUUAGAAUUGUACAAAUAAACAUCAUCAAUUUGUAUACACUUAAUAAGGCUUAAUUGUUUGCACCCAAAGCAUUUUAUACUGUAAGCAAAAGUAGAUCUCAUUUAUGAUAUUAUUAUCAUUCAUUUAAAUAAAUUGAAAAUUCAGAAUAGAUAACGUUUUGUUAGUAAACAAU